ACCACUAGAUUUAGAAUGGCGCCUUUCUCCAACGGCUACAACACCCAAAAACAAAUAUGUCUGCAUAACUCAACAGAAUCUAGCAUUCCAAUCUUACCUCAAUCUCAUCACUCACUUGCAUUCAUGGAUUCUUAUUCUUCACAUUCAGCUACCACCACCCCUCACCACCACCACCGUCACCACCACCGUUCUUCUGAUCGGAGCAGAUCUCGAACCUCUUCCACCUUGGCUCGCAUCGGUGAAAAUGGAAUUAUAGAGCCUAUUCGCAUAUCUCUCGACCUGGUUCCUUCACCAACCACCAUCAAACUCCCAUCACCAUCAUUAUCAUCGCGUUCACCUCUCUCCCUUCUGCGUUCUCCUAACUCCUGUCUCCCACUCCGGGAGCUUCUCCUCAUGUCUCCUUCUCCGGCGAGGAAGUCCAAGCCACGGUUCGACGAUGAGCUCCUGGAGGCAGGUUCCGGUGUUCGCCGCCGGUGUAAGAGCCGAGGGGCGCAGAUGGGGUUGCUCUGUUCGCCCAGGAGCUCGCGGAGGUCGAGGCGGGAAGAGAAGGAGGUUGGGUUGGUGGUGGAUGAGGCUGGAAAACAGAGGAAGAGGAGGCACAGUGGAAGACCCAGAAAGGAAAAACUCAGCUUGGUCCCUUUUCAACCACCUUCAAUUUCUUCGUCUCCUCCAAAAUCUGAAGAAGAAACUGGAGGUGAUUUAGAUCGUGUUGGACAAUUCAUUACUGAUUUAAUCAUGUGGAGAGAUGUGUCAAAAUCAGCCUUUUGGUUUGGGUUUGGGUCUCUUUGUUUCUUGUCUUCUUUCUUCACUAAAGGAGUCAACUUCAGCAUCUUCUCUGCCUUAUGUCAGUUGGCAAUUCUCUUGUUGGCUUUUUCAUUCUUCUCAAAUUCAGUUUCUCAAAGAGACCAGGCUGAGAAGGGUUAUGCCAAGCUGAAAGAAGAUGACAUUUUACGUCUCACAAACUUGAUUCUUCCUGCUUUCAAUCUUGCAAUUUCAAAAACCAGAGAGCUGUUCUCAGGAGAACCAUCCAUUACCCUGAAACUAGCUCCUUUCCUUCUACUAGGAGCUGAAUAUGGCUCUCUUAUUACAAUUUGGAGACUCAGUGCCAUUGGAUUUUUUGUCAGCUUCAGUGUACCAAAGCUUUAUUCUUGCUACUCUGAUCAGAUCAACCAGCGAGCUAAGUGCUUGAAGCUGAGAUUGUUGGAUAGAUGGAGCGCCUGCCCUCACAAGAAGAUAGUGGUCGCAUCAGCACUUAUUGCCUUUUGGAAAUUAUCUACUAUAAAGACUCGAAUCUUCACAGGAUUUAUACUGCUUGUAAUAGCCAGAUAUUGUCGGCAAAAUGUCAUGCAACAAGUAGAAGAUGGAGAAGCACAACUGGGAGAGAAGGGACAAAAAUAGACAUUGAUGGUGGCAUCAGAGGAAGAGCAACUGCAGCAGGCACUAGUAGUUGCAGAACAAGGGCGCCGACGCUAGAAACUUUCUUUAUCCGGCCAUUUCUUGAAACUUGGCACGCAUAUAUAUAUGUAUAUCUUGCAUCCAUGGAUGAUUCAUUCCUUUUCAAUUAGGUGAAUUAUAAAAGAUGUUCUUAAGCGUUCUAUUAUAGUCAUAGCCUUGUUGCACAAGCUAUUUUAAGUUAGUGCAUAAAAUGUAUUCAUUCAUUCAUUUUUUGACUCUGAUCACGAGUAUGUAUCUUGGUCCUUUGUUUCAGAUCCAUUUAUUUGUAGUUAGGUAAAAAUAUAAAAUUGUAUUAAUUAUGAACAAAUGUUUUCAUUAUAUAUGCAAAAAAUCCUGUUGAGAUCCAA